CAAAUUUCAGAACAAACGAUUUGUGCAACAUUCCUAAUUUGUGUCAAGUUGAAAAUUUGACACCUGACAAUGAAGAUGUUCAUUUAUACAUUCCUGUUCUUUUCACUCCUCGCCACCAUUGCCUUCACUACCGAGGCUUCUGUGGUGGACUUUUGUGUCGCAGACCCAAGUUUGCCUAAUGGACCAGCAGGUUUCUCUUGUAAAAACCCUUCCCAAGUGGUUGCCGAGGAUUUCUUUUACUCCUUGGCUGGUAAAGGCGACACUUCCAACAUCUUCCGUUGGAAUGCAAGUUUUGCUUUUGCAUCGACUUUUGCUGGUGUGAAUGGUCUUGGAAUCUCCAUAGCUCGUUCGGAUAUAGAGGUGGGCGGUGUGAUACCAUUUCACUCUCAUCCUGAUGCCUCAGAGAUCAUUCUCGUGACAAAAGGAACCAUCACUGUUGGUUUCGUCGCUUCAACUUUUGGAAAUAGAGUCUAUAGCCAAACUCUCAGGAAAGGCAAUAUCUUUGUCUUUCCACAAGGAUUGUUGCAUUUCACAUAUAACAUUGGUAAGAUACCUGCAGUGGCGUUUUCGAGUUUUAGCAGCGACAACCCGACUGGUCAGAUCACUGACUACGCCUUGUUCCAGAAUGAUUUGCUAACUGAGAUUGUGUCCAACGGCACUUUCAUUUCUCCCCGUGAAGUCAAGAGGCUCAAGAGGUUGUUUGGAGGAACUAAUUAACCUUUUGUGUGAAACCUGUUUGAUCGUACAUCAUCAUCUGAUAUAAUGGUGAUUGUUUUCAACUUCCAGUCAUCCUGAACGUCACAGGCGAAAUUUGACGACUCCAAAACUAUGUAACAACAAUAAUAAGAUCUAGCGAUCUACUUCCCUUGAUGAGAAAUGCCAUUUUGGGUACUCUGAUAAAUCAGUCUAAGUGAUCGUAUGUUAUGCACAAUUACUAGUGCUUUAACUCUUCUCCUGAAUUGCUGUAAUGAUCUUAUUCGAGUAGGAUCGAACUCCAGGAAUUAGAAGGAGAAUAGAUUCAAGAAAAGAUUAAUAAAUUACUAUUCUACAAAACUGGUCAGAGAUACAUAUUUUCCUAAAGCGCUUACAGAGAAAAGGGAUGGAUAACUCGCACAACUUGUAAACUAACACACUACUUAUAAUAUUGCAAUAAUUAAACUACUGUAACACACAAUUAAACUAGGGUAAAACAGUUAAAACAUGACUCAAUCCACAGGGUUGCUGUAUUUCCAAUUCAAUUCUGGAAAAAUCAGCUUU